AUGGCAGCCGAUUCUUCGUCAGCUCAAUGGUCAUCACCAAACGUCGAGGUCAAGAUGCAUCCACGACCGCAGACUUUCUCUAGGAAAGGAUUCACAAUUACGACGCAAAAACUGCCCAUACUCAAGGCCGGCCCUAUCGAAGAAAUGACAAACAAACUGGGCAUCACCCCUCCAGAAAUGAUAUUCGGCGACAACUUCGUAGCAAUUGAGCACAAUACCAGCGGAUGGGGUAUAGGAUUCAAUGCGUUCGAUGCUUUAGACAGAGUCGACAAGACUGGCGCCGCAAUGCUUAAAGUUGCAUACUCGAAAGAAUGGCAAAAGAGCAGGGAACACACCCACGACGGAAUAAAAGAGGUCGUGAAGCCUUUCGACUGGUCUUACAGUACCGACUAUAAAGGAACUAUCAAACCCGACGCCGCAGCCCUCAGUCCGUCCGAAGUUGAGAUUCCAAUUGAACUUCUCAAACGACCAGACCCAAUUCUUUUCUUCGAUGAUGUGAUGCUUUACGAAGACGAAUUAGCUGAUAAUGGUAUAUCCAUGCUAUCUUGCAAAAUCCGUGUUAUGCCUGAUCGCCUCCUUUUACUUGCUCGAUUCUUUAUGAGACUGGACAACGUUGUCUUUAGGCUGAGGGAUACCAGGGUAUACGUGGAUUUUGAUAAAGCCGAGGUGAUUAGGGAUUACCAGGCUCGAGAGAUGGGCUAUGAAGAUGUACGAAAGGCCCUAGCCAGCGGUCGCGAGGACAUUGCGGCAGUCAUGAGGGAUCCAAACAGACUUUCUCAAAUUUUACCAAUUGUUGAACAUUCUCUGGAGCGGACAGUACUCUCAUCUCAAUAA